AUGGCAGCUGUUACCCCACGGAAAAGGAGCCGUAGUUCUUCUGAUACCGAUGGUUCCUCCCUAGCCUUCGAGACACCUGUGAAAAGAACGAUCGGCUUUGCUGAAGGUCUGUCUCCGCACAAGAAAUCGAGAAAUAAUUGGUUUGCUUCUCAAAUGAAAGGGUCGUCGAGCUCCAGCGAUGAGACGAGAGAAAGUGAGGUUUUCCCCGUGAAGCCGGUGCUGUCGAGGCGGUUGGAUAUUUCACCCCUCCAGGCAGCCAGCGUUCCCGCAGCCGCACAGAGGGAGUCCGCGGGGAAAUUAUCCCCAAAACCCGCUGCCUCCUACAAGCCCCUUGUGCCUGUGGUCUCUUUUUAUAGCAAGGAAAAGCGGUACCUUACUCCUCUUGAGAGGAAACAACUGAACGAGAACCACCCUUUGGGGGAGAGGAGCAGGGAUGAAAAUCUCCCAGCUGCCAGCAGGACUGAGAAGAUGAACGGGAACUCGAGCAGGAAUACGAGCUCAAAGCCAACCAAGCACCCGACCAACUCCAAGCAUGGCAAAACUCUCCCCAAGACGCUUAAGAAGGCGAAGGGAGACGUUCCACCGGCAAAACCCAGUGUGGAGAAAGAGAAUGUGAAUUGCUUAAUUAAAAAGAAGAUGGAUUCGCCUUUCCGAGUCCUGAGCAUGACAGUUAAACCAGCCCUGAAACUCCAGAUGGGAGCAGCGUUCUUUUCUGCCAGGAAGAAAUCGCACUCGAAAAAACCUCUUGUCGACGCUAAGUCGCUCCAGGGGCUGGAGCCGCAGGAGGCAGCGAUGCAGAGAAGGUGGACGCAGGCUGCGCCGGAUGAACUGACUUCGGCGUUUGGGUCCAACCCACCUGCGAAAACAUCUCACACCUCGCAGAAAAGCAAGAAGGCGAAAGAGCUCUGCAAGCGCUCCGGAGAUCAGAUGAUCAUUGAUGCCGGUCAGAAGCAUUUUGGUGCCGUAGUUUGCAAGUCGUGCGGCAUGAUCUACACGGCGGCUAGCCCGGAGGAUGAAGCCCAGCACAUCCAGCACCACGAGAGGUUCCUGGAGGGACUCCGAUACGUGGGUUGGAAGAAAGAACGGGUUGUGGCAGAGUUCUGGGAUGGGAAAAUUGUAUUGAUUCUUCCAAAUGACCCAAAAUAUGCCGUCAAGAAGGCAGAAGACGUGCGAGAAAUCGUAGAUAACGAACUGGGAUUUAAGCAAGUUUCUCUGAGCUGCCCGGCCAAGACUAAAAUCUACUUGUUUGUGUCCACCGAGAAGAUGAUUGUUGGGUGCUUAGUGGCUGAAUCAAUCAAACGGGCUUUCCGGGUGCUGUCUGAGCCGGGAGCCGUGCUGUCGCCUGGCCAGGACGCCCUGCAGCAGCAGCGGGCUUGGCGCUGCUCCACGGAGCCGGAACCCGCCGUCUGCGGCAUCAGCAGGAUCUGGGUGUUCGGCCCCAGGCGCGGGAAGGGCAUCGCCCGGCGCAUGGUGGACGUGGUCAGGAGCACCUUCAUGUACGGCUGCUACCUGAGCACCGACGACAUCGCCUUCUCCGACCCGACGCCGGACGGCAAGCUGUUCGCCACGAAAUACUGCCAAACCCCUCGCUUCCUCGUUUACAAUUUUAUUUAUAGCAACUGA